AUCGUGUGUCAAGAGCGUAUGAGCCAGCGGUGCUGGGUUUGGCAGCUUGCAGUUGGAGACGUUCACCUGGCGGAGAAGAAAUUGCACCGGGUCACACCGCAGUACGCAUGCGGAAUAAGCAACUCUAAAACAUCUCUUGACCAUAAACAAAUAUUAGUCUAUUCACCGGGUAACGAUGUUACGGUGACAACAUGUAAACAGACCAUACAUCUACCAAUGGAUUCUUUGAGCGACUGGAGCUUAGAAUACCAUAUAGAAUCAAGGCAACGCAGACAGGCUUCGUACAGGGGACGGUUCAGAGGACAGACGCAAUCUCAAUACUUAGCAAUCGAUCAAGGGUCAAAGGAUGAAGGCAAAGCUGAAGCAAUUUCUGCAGCAGAUACGUCUAAAGCUGUUGUCAGUGGCAGAAGCGGUAUGGGACAAGCUCAGAGCCAGUCAAUGUAUGAUCCUAGUUGCGAUGAAUGUAUUAACGGUUACGUACCUGGCGCAGAAAGUUUACGACGUACAGGGGGAAACGAAACAACCGGUGUUAUGGAGGUGGGCCAGGUAGCCGAACAGGACCGGGAAGUUAUGGAGGACCAGGUAGUUUAG